AUGUCGCUCCGUAUCCACGGAUUCCACUGCGAAAUCGUAGCACAAGUUAUCCCUAAGCUAGCCGACGGCAUCGACCUAAUUCUCGGCAGCCGUUGGAUGCGAGAGCACAGUGCAUUACUAGACUUUGGACAGGGCACCUGCAUGGUGACACGCCACGGCCGCUCAUAUCGGCUGCAGAGCCUAAACAGGCCGCAGUCCGAAGGUGUUGCAGUCAUGAACUACGUGACGGCCGUCUUACACGCGGCCACUUCACCUAGCACGAACCUGGUGUCUCUAAAGCAGAUUAAAAAACUGCAGAAACAAGGAGUGUCUUGUUAUGCUGCCUUCAUAACCAGUGACGAUAUCGCCCAGCUAAACGCUAUGGACGCCACAACGGCGACCACGUCCGACCCUACCCUGGUGUCGCCAGAUAAACUGGAAAAACUGCUGGAAGAAUAUAAGGAGGGUUUUGAGCCCUUAACGGGCCUCGGGCCGGAUCUCGGCACUGGCCACACAAUCGAGCUAGAACCUGGCAAAAAGCCACCAUACUCCCCGGGCCACCUGACCCAGGAGGGCCAGACUGCGCUCCACCUUGCCGCUGCCAAGGGGUUCGACGUGGUGGUCAGGGAGCUGCUGGCGCGACGUGCCAAAACAACACUGCAGGACAAGGCUGGUCGCACCCCUCUUCAUCUCGCAGCAGCUGCCGGCCAGGUGGCGACCACCCUGGAACUGCUGGGCCGAUGUAACCGGGAUCCCCCGGAGACCAGGUCCUUGCUGCUGAGUCUGCGGGACUGCGAGGGCCACUGCCCCCUGCUGGCGGCGGUGUGUGCCGGCAAGGAGGGGACCUGCGGGGUAUUGCUGCGGGGGAUGGAGACCAACAGACUGCGGCUGUGCGUGGAUGCGUCCGGCCGUGGCCCCUUGACAUUGGCGGUUCUACGGCGGCACGUGCACCUGCUGCCGCUGCUGGCGGCUGCAGCCGGUGGGCCCGACACGGAACGAGAUCCCGCCACAGGGGGGACACCCCUGCACACCGCUGCCCGCCUGGGCCUGGUGGCCGCCGUGGAGCCAGCAGCGGCGGGGGCGGCGGCUGCGGUGACUGCCCCUGGCGGCCCGGACGCGUCCUCUCCAGGGUUGUCGUACACCACCGUGAGGGCAGGGACGGUGGCGGCGGGUAGAGGGGGGGGUCCCAGGGGGGGCCGCCUGCAGCAGCUGCUACCCGAUGGGGAGCCCCGGCCGGUGGCCUACCCUCGUAUGCCUGAGGGCGCCGGUGUAUACUUUUAA